UAGAUUAUUCCAAAAGAAAAUUAUUAGAGAAAACCGGGGAUUUGAACGGACAACCCAUAAAUGUAUUAUUCACUUUUAAUGACCAUACCAAAAUACGAAAAGUAAAAGAUUAUGAAGGUAAAACGGAAAUGUAUGAAGGAAAAGACUACGAUAUCAUAAAAACAAUCUUUGAACACCUGAACGCUGAUUUAAAUGUGAUAGACAUAGAUGAUACGAUCCCUGAUCCCACAGAAAACCCUUGGUUUUCAAGUUUGGAUAUGGAGAAUAAAUCUGAGGUUCAAAGAGGUAUAUUGAAAACGUGGAAUAUAACCAUGCUGACAAAAUCCCAAAGAGUACUGGAAAAUGAUGGCGUUGUUGAGGUAACUUAUCCACAUACUGAUAACGCGGUAACUCUUCUUCUUCCUAAACGUAGGCAGAUCACAAAACCCGAAGAAGUCUAUGAAUAUGUCACUCAGCCAAUCUGGUACUUACAUUUCACAAUGCUAGCUGUUUCAUCUGUUCUUGCCAUAGUCCUUCGAAAAUAUUUUGGCAUGAAUAAUAUUUUCGGUACUGCAAGGCAUCUUUUUCGAAUAAUGUAUACUUGCUCCACCUCCGGCUUCAUUGGAAAUAAUCUGGAAGAAAUUCUGUUGUUCGCUUGGUUAAUAUGGUGUUUCUUGAUAUCCAUAAUGGCCCAAGCAAAAAUUACUAGCAUGCUUUCCACCGAUUUAUAUGAGAGUGAAUUGGACUCAAUCGAUGAUGUUUAUAGAAGAGGAAAACUUGAUUUUAUCAUAUUUGGAUUGAAUUCUUACGUUGAAGAGAUUGCAGAGAAGUAUGAAGGAUCCAAAUAUAUGGGAAUUAUUCAAGAUAUGGUGAAAGUACCGAUGGAUGAGAACCUAGGAGAGAUAAUGUUAUUGGAGAUGCCAAAGCCAACAACUUUCAAAAUGGCCAUUAUACUUGAACAUGAUAUAGCCAAGUUCUAUUCCAGACACAUGAAAAAUAGGCAGGAUGGUGGGUGGGGGAAGACCAUAUUUGCAUAUGAUGAAACACAGCCUCAUGCCCUGCUUUCAAGUUUUUCAUGUGACUGCCGGAUCUCCACUACUUCCUAUUAUAAAUAGAAAAAUUAGACAACUAUUCGAAGGAGGCUUCAUAGUACUAUUUAAGCGUAGAUUUCUCUUCAAAGGACUCAUAGAUGGCUAUUUAUACCCUGAUGAAGACUAUGAUAUUGACAAAUACGAACCGAAACCUAUCAGUAUGGAAC